CACCAUCAUACUAACCUACAUACAACCAGCAACCGCAACCUAACUGGCCUUCAUUACAACGACCAGCACAUCCAACCUCUACCUCUGCACACACUUCCAAACACUUCCCCAUUCAAACAAAUUCCAAAUCAAUCAAAAUGGUCUGCGCCAAAUGCCAAAAGAAACUCAAACAAACCGAACUAGCGACACCCGGCGUGAAGCGCAAAAGCGAGAUGUACUAUGGCUCGCCCUCGACGUCCCUCGGCGGGGGUGGCAGCAGCAGCAGCACCACCAGUGGAGCCGGUAGUGGUAGCUCUAGCUCUAAGCCGACGUUAGGGAAUACGGGGAUCGGGAAGAGUAAACUACUCAGCGCGAAAGCCAAGAAUCCCUACGCGGCGUAUUCGUCCUCGUGCGAGGUGUGCAAGACCAAGACGGAGCAGGGCCGGAAGUACUGCCAGCGGUGCGCUUAUCAGAAGAAUUCUUGUCCGAUGUGUGGGAAGAGUCUGGCUAAAGGAGUUGCUAAGGGGCAGCCGGUUGUUCAGGGGCAGAAGUUUAAUUUGAAGUGAGCUGUAGGCUGUUGUGUAUGUAUGUAUCUAGUGCGUUAUCGGUGGGCUUGGUAGUGUUUGUUAUUAUGAGAGGGGUACGGGUAUUCAUCACUGGCGUGGCGUUGGAUUGGAAAUGCAUUUGCUGU